AUGGAUGUGUUCUCCCCACUGCUGAUGCAGGAGCCCACAGAAGACUUCUGCUGUCCCAAAGAGGGCCUUGACGUGCCUGAUGCUGAGGAGUUGCUGGGACUGCUGCUUGCAGUGUACCCUGGAGAGAUGGAGGAUGACCCUUGGAUGAAGAUUCUUCACAGCCAAAUUUCCUACAUCGAGAAACAGGCCACAACUGUUACUGGCUGCCCUUUGCUGAUUCGCUGCAAGAACUUCCAGAUCAUCCAGCUUAUCAUUCCUCAGGAAAGAGAUUGCCAUGAUGUUUACAUAUCUUUAAUACGUCUGGCACGGCCAGUGAAAUAUGAAGAGCUCUACUGCUUCUCAUUCAACCCAAAGUUAGAUAAAGAAGAGCGAGAACAAGGAUGGAAGCUUGUGAGCCUCAAUGAAGAAUAUAAUCGGAUGGAUGUUCCAAAUAACUAUUGGCAGAUCAGUGAUGUAAACAGAGACUACCAAGUCUGUGAUUCAUACCCUACUGAAGUGUAUGUACCAAAAUCUGCAACUGCACACAUCAUUGUGGGGAGCUCUAAAUUCCGGAGCAGAAGACGUUUCCCAGCCCUUUCCUACUACUGUAAGGAUAAUAAUGCCUCAAUCUGCAGGAGCAGCCAGCCCUUGUCUGGUUUCAGUGCUCGGUGCCUUGAGGAUGAACAGAUGCUACAGGCCAUCAGAAAGGCAAAUCCAGGAAGCAAUUUCAUGUAUGUUGUUGACACUCGGCCUAAACUCAAUGCAAUGGCAAACAGAGCAGCAGGGAAAGGAUAUGAGAAUGAAGACAAUUACUCCAACAUCAAGUUUCAGUUCAUUGGUAUUGAGAACAUCCAUGUUAUGAGGAGCAGUCUGCAAAAAAUGCUAGAAGUUUGUGAGCUGAAGUCCCCUUCUAUGAAUGACUUCCUCUGGGGCCUGGAGAAUUCUGGCUGGCUAAAACACAUCAAAGCCAUCAUGGAUGCGGGCAUCUUCAUUGCAAAGGUAAAUUAUGUAAAACUAAAUCAAAACUGAUUGACCUGAUGUAGAAAACUGAGGGCCAGAGUCACUGCUGUAUGCAGUCUGGGAAACUUACUCAGAGGACAGCAUUUUUUUUCACCAUGUAGUGCUCUAGUUUUCAUAAAGGAUUCCUAUUAGAUUUCAGGUUAUAAUGGUAAUAUCUUGUAUUAUUUUAGGUAUGGCUAUUUAGAUGGAGAUCCAAAAGAGAGAUCCCCAGUUAUUGAUCAGUUCAUCGAGUGCGUUUGGCAGCUAAUGGAACAGUUUCCCUGUGCCUUUGAGUUCAAUGACAGAUUCUUGAUCCACAUACAACAUCAUAUCUAUUCCUGCCAGUUUGGUAACUUUCUGUGUAACAGCCAGAAGGAGCGGCGAGAGCUGAAAAUUCAAGAACGAACAUAUUCGCUUUGGGCUCACUUGUGGAAGAAUCGUGCAGAUUACAUGAAUCCUCUGUAUAGAGAAGACCACAGUCAGACCCAGGGGACACUGCGCCCACAGACAGCUCCCUGCAAUUUCUUGUACAAGUUCUGGAGUGGUAUGUAUACCCGCUUUGAAAAGGGGAUGCAUCCCCGGCAGUCAGUUACCGAUUACCUGAUGGCAGUGAAAGAAGAAACUCAGCAGUUAGAGGAAGAGCUGGAAGUCUUAGAACAGAGACUGGCAGAUCUCAAAAAAGUGCAGUUAAACAAUAGAAAAGAAAACUCUAAGCAACAAGACCACAACACACACUUAGGGCUUUCUACCUCUAACAACAGCAUAGCUAACACACCCCAGGAUUACAUUAAUAAUGUGAAAUCAUUCCCAUCCCGGAGUCCUUCACAAGGAGACGAAGAAGACUCAGCCCUGAUUCUGACCCAGGACAACCUGAAAAGCUCUGAUCCUGACCUCUCAGCCACCAGUGAUCAGGAGUCAGGUGUGGAAGAUUUGAGCUGCAGGUCCCCAAGCGGUGGUUGUUGCCUGCCUAGUGAAGACAGUGGCAAAGAUUCAGAUGAAGCUGUGUUUCUCACUGUCUGAAAUGACAUCUGUUCAUCAGAUGAAGAACAGGCACUGUCCUUGAACAUUUAAAAAAAUUCCAAAGAAAAGGAGCUGUGCAAUUGUGUAUGUAAAGGUCCAGGCAGAACAACCACUUAUUAGCUGUAAUAGGACACAAUGUUAAUGAAAGGUAAUCUCUGCUAUUAUGAACAUUUAUUUAAGCCCCUUGUGGUUGAUUCUUUUAACCUUAUCAGAGCCAUGAAGAAUUAUUCAUUUAUUUUUGCUUUCCAAAUGUUAUUUUUAUAUUUCCGUAAUUAUGCCUACUGUACAUAACUGUGUUUUUGUUGAGUAUUUUUGCCUUGAAGGUAGUUGUGUACAUUGUGGAAAUAUUGGGUUUCUUAAAAUUUUCAAAUUUAACAAUUUUGUGAAAAAAUUUCUAUUAAAAUCCUUUCA